AUCUGCUUUUAACAUAAGCACAAAGCCACAAAAAUAUAAAUUCCGAACUCACUCCCAUUGAAGGAGAAGAGACACAAUCUUCUUCACAAACUCGACGGCAUAAUCUUAAUCAACUCAUCACUCUUUCCCAUCCAAUUUCUGCUAUUUGCUUGGUAAAUUUUGGUUUUCUUUUGAUGGGUUGUUUCCAGUCCAAAACUGUUAAUCUCCCUUCUCCUGAUGACCCAUCAGUUCCAAACAAACCAGAAUCAGUAACUGAAUGCCACCAAGUGGAUCAAGAGAAUCAAGUUCCAUGUUUCAAAGAGUUUGAGUUGAGUGAAUUGGAGAAAGUAACAAAUGGGUUUAGUCCCAGUUGCAUUGUCUCUGAAGGUGGAGAGAAAGCUCCCAAUGUUGUUUACAGAGGUAAGCUCCAAGGAAACCGUCUCGUCGCCAUCAAACGAUUCUCUAAACAGUCCUGGCCUGAUGCUCAUCAGUUUGUGGCUGAGGCUACCGGUGUUGGAAAGCUUAGAUUCAACAGAUUGGUUAAUCUGAUUGGUUUUUGCGCUCAAGGAAACGAGAGACUAUUGGUAGCUGAGUAUAUGCCUAAUGACACUCUCUCAAAGCAUCUUUUUCACUGGGAGAAACAGCCACUUCCUUGGGAAAUGCGUCUCCGAGUAGCAGAUUUUAUAGCACAAGCACUUGAUCACUGCAAUGUCGAAAACCGAAAGAUCUACCAUGACUUGAACGCGUACAGGAUCCUAUUCGAUGAGGGAGGUGAUCCUCGUCUAUCUACUUUUGGUCUCAUGAAGAACAGUAGCAACGGGAAAAGCUAUAGCACCAACUUAGCUUAUACCCCACCUGAGUUCUUGCGAACAGGUAGAGUCAUUCCAGAGAGUGUUGUCUACAGUUAUGGAACUAUUCUUAUAGAUCUUCUGAGCGGCAAACACAUUCCACCGAACCAUGCUCUUGAUAUAAUAAAGGGGAAGAACGCGUUGCUACUCAUGGAUUCAUCACUUGAAGGGCAAUUUGAGAAGGAAGACGCGACCAAACUUGUUGAACUUGCUUCGAAAUGUCUUCAAAACGAGGCAAAAGAUCGACCUGAUACUAAGUUCCUUCGCUCUUCAGCAGCACCACUGCAAAAGCAGAAAGAGGUUGCAUCUCAUGUCUUGAUGGGUCUGCCUAAGAAUACUGUGAUACUACCAACUCUGCUUUCUCCUCUGGGAAAGGCUUGUUCUCUGAUGGACCUUGAGGCUGUUCACGAGAUUUUGCUUAAAACUGGUUACAGAGACGACGAGGAAAGAGCAGAUAAUGAGCUUUCAUUUCAAGAAUGGACACAGCCAGUGCAGGAGAUGCUUAGCGUAAAGAAGUUAGGAGACGCUGCUUUCACAGACAAGGACUUCGAGAAUUCAAUAGAAUGUUAUUCAAAGUUUUUUUGGUUUUACCAGUUGGUGGAGAUGAUGGCUGUUGUUCCAUCUGCGACUGUGUUUGCGAGACGGUCAUUCUCCUACUUGAUGACGGAACAAGUAGAGCUUGCACUGAGAGACGCAAUGCAGGCUCAAGUUUGCAUACCGGAGUGGCCUACUGCGUUUUACAUGCAGGCUUUAGCGCUUUCAAAGCUUGGAAUGGAGACUGAUGCUAGUGAUAUGCUUAACGAUGGUGCUGCUUUUGAUGCUAAGCGACAACAACAGAGCAGUUGGCGUUGUUGAAGUUUGAAGGAACAGUGCAGAGCAGAGAAAGAGAGAAGAGAGUCCCGAAUAUUAGUAUGGGUCCUUUUCAGAAACAGAGUUACUCCGUUGAGAGUGUUCAGAGAGAAACUUGUGAGGGAUUGAAUGUUAUGGUGGAUUAGGGUUUUUAUUUAUGUUAUAUAUAUAGUAUGAAUAAAUAAAGAUUUAAUGUUUGUGUGGAAA